AUUCACAUUUCACAACCCUUGAUACUCAAUUCUCUGUAAAACCACUCCAAAAUAGAAAGAGAAAACAUACCCUUCUUCAACCUUCAGACCAUAUAUUCUUCUGGCUUACAUUGAUAUUUGCAAACUACAAGGAAUUAGAAUGGUGGAUCACAUUUGAAAUGAUUGCAAAUUUUUGAGAUUGAAAAGAGAUAGUAAAAUGGGAAUUUGUGCUUGAUAUCUCUCCUUGCCUUCCAAGUGUUUGAUAUUUUGUUUGAGAGAAAAAAAGAGAAAAGUUGACUAGAUUGAUUAACCUAUAACAUUAACUAAUGGUCAAUGGAUAAUGUUCAAGUCUUCAAGAUCCAUUUUGCAUUUAAAAAGACUCCACCUACAAUCAAAAGUCAAAAGUUGAAUCUAAGGGUUGUGAAGGGGAAGAACAGUAUGAUGAGAGGGUGAGCGCUCAAAUGGCUGCAAAGUAUUUGCAUUCACUGGCAGAUGAAAAUCCAGAUCUGAGGAAGCAAAUAGGAUGCAUGACAGGUGUCUUUCACAUCUUUAAUCGCAACCAGAUUGUUUCCAGAAGCCUUCCUCAUGGUGGUUUGCUUUUUAACAACGGGACGCCUGAAAGAGAGUCGAGUGUAAUUUCCCAGAGAAGCCCGAAUCUGGAAAAACAUUCAAAAAAGCACUAUAUGGAAAAACACAGGGUAUCCACAGAAUCAUAUAAAGAAUCUAUAUCCUCAUGGUCUCCUCCAUCUCCCUUUUCUUAUGCGAAUAGAAGAUCAAAUCCAGAAACUGAUAAAUCAAGUGCCUCUGGACAUCAGAAUCUUGACCUUAGAGAUGUAGUCAAAGACUCAAUGUAUAGAGAAGCUCGUGGGUUAUCACAUAAUGUUCUUGUUGAACUUCAAGAACCCGAUUGGUAUUGUAAUGAAUUUUCAAGAUCAAACUCUAGCCAAUUUAAAGAUGGGUUUUCUAAAAUUUAUCCAAGAUUUUCAUAUGAUGGACAUACAACAACCCCAAAGCAACUGAAAGAAGUUCCAAGACUUUCUUUAGAUAGUAAAGAGAGAUCCAUACGUACUCUUAACUCUAUUUCACUUGUACCCUUUAAACCAUAUGAUUCAAAAUCUAACCUAAAUUCAAGAAACCCUAAUGAAAAAUCCCUGAUUCAGACCAAACCACCCAGUGUUGUAGCCAAGUUAAUGGGAUUGGAAACUUAUCCCCAUUCCACAUCAACCAGCAACAAGGAUCUUGAUUUGUUGUCAAAAUCUUUAAAAAUCCCUAAUUCCACAAAAGAACCAGCAUUUGAAUGUUGGAAAAAUCCCGACAUGAAACCGAUUUCUAGGGUUCCAAUUGAAGCAGCACCAUGGAAGUAUCCACAUGGUGGUCAAAAUCCUCAAAAACAAUCUUCCCGUGUUACUAAAUCCACUUCUGUUUACAGUGAAGUGGAUAAAAGAUUAAAGAAUCUUGAAUUUUUAGAAUCUGGAAAGGAUCUCAGAGCUCUUAAACAGAUAUUAGAGGGAAUGCAAGCUGUGGAAGCAAGAAAGGGCGAAAGAGACAAUACAGUUGUUCAUCAAAGGCCACCAUCUGAGAAUGUUUCAAGGGGUCGAGAAUCCCAUAUUGUAAUCAUGAAACCAGGAAAGAUUUUUGAAAAGGGUUUUAUAAAUAAUAAUAAAAAGUUUAAAGAUCCAAAUACUGAAAUUACAGAUUCUUGUAAACCAAGAAAGCAAUCAGAGUCUAGGUCUCCUAAUAGGAGGAGGCAGAGUUCUAGCUCAACACAAGAGAAAUCAACAUUGAUUGUGAAAGUGGAUGAAUCCGAAUAUCCAAGUCCAGUUUCUGUUCUUGAUGAUUCAGUCUAUAUGGAUAAUUCACCUUCACCUGUGAAGAAACAUACACCAAAUACCCAAAAAGAUUAUUCUAAACAAAAGCGUGAAAAACUUAAGAAAAUUGAAGAUUUGGUUGAAAAACUUAAGAGACUAAACUCCAGCCACAAUGAAGCUCACACAGAUUACAUUGCAUCACUAUGUGAAAACACAAACCCUAACGACAGAUACAUUUCAGAAAUCCUGUUAGCUUCUGGACUCCUUCUUCGAGACCUUGAAUCUUUUGAGUUUCAUUCCUCUGGUCACCCGAUUAACCCGGAGCUGUUCUUGGUGUUGGAACGAACCAAAUUUGGUAAUUUACAGAAAGAGAAGUUUCACAGGAAGCUAAUCUUUGAUGCUGUUAAUGAAAUUCUUGUGGAGAAGUUAAAUUCGGUUUCAUUGAUUGUUCAGAAUCCUCGAGAGCUUUUGAGGGAGGUGUGUUUGGAGAUAGAAGAGAUGCAGGUGGAGAAGAAAGGUGAAAGGUGUGAUGUUGGGGAGGAGGAGGAGGAGGGGGAUGAGUUUAAGAGGAUUUUGAGGGAGGAUGUGGUGAGGCGGCCGGAAAAUUGGAGGGGGUUUUAUGGUGGAUGUCCGGUGGUGGUUAUGGAGGUCGAGUGGUUGAUUUUUAGGGAUUUGGUUAAUGAAUUGGUUGUGAUGGAAAGUGAAUUGUUAACUUGUUAUUGAAGUGACCACCUGUGACUUUUUCCGGCGGGCAUUUGAUGAUCGCGGAAAGGCGAAGGUGUGAUCGUACACCUCCUAUUGUUUAUGAUUUGAUUCUGGGAUGUUUUGACACUGAACUAUUUUGGAAACAAGUUUUGUAAUAAUAAAUGGUUUUGGAAUGAUUUAAAAAGUUUAAAUUUGGCAUGAUUUUUUUA